AUGAAGGCAUCCAUGGUUCUUUCCCUCCUUGGCUACCUAGUGGUUCCAAGUGGCGCUGCUAUCAUGGGGCGCUGCGUGGUGGCUAAGAAGCUCAAGGAUGGAGGCCUGGAUCAUUUCGAGGGCUACAGCCUUGCAAACUGGGUGUGCCUGGCUUAUUUUGAGAGCAAGUUCAACCCCACGGCGGUCUACGAGAACCUCCAACGUGACUACACUGGCUACGGCCUCUUUCAGAUCCCCAACCGUGACUGGUGCGACACGGGCAAGAACCGCUGCCACAUGUCCUGCUCUGCUUUACUGAAUCCAGAUUUGAAGAAGACAAUUGAAUGUGUUAAGAAAAUCGUAAAAGAUAAGGAAGGGUUGGGAGCAUGGCCCUCCUGGUCCCUGAACUGCCAGUACUCAGACACUCUGGAACGGUGGUUGGACGGAUGCAGGCUGUAG